ACUGUUUGGCUAAAAGAUAGAGUCGAAAAAUUUGAACCAAAGAAGAAUUCUGUUACGUUAAGUAGUGGAGAAGAAAUAACUUAUGAUUUUAUGAUUAUAGCCACGGGCUGUCAAUUACGAUUUGAUUUGAUCAAAGGCUUGCCUGAAGGACUUGAUACACCCGGAGUAUGCUCAAACUAUUCACCUUUUCAUUGUACAAAAACAUUCAAGGAACUUAGUACCGUUACGUCAGGAAACUGCGUAUUUACUUUCCCUAACGCACCAAUCAAGUGUGCCGGUGCUCCACAAAAAGUAUUGUAUUAUGGCGAGGAUAUCGUUAAAGAACGAGGCUAUCGCGAUAAAACUAACUUUAUCUAUGCUACCUCACUACCAAAACUAUUUGGUGUGGAAGCCUACCUCGCCACAUUAACUCAAAUUGCUAAAGAAAAGAACAUUGAUGUACGAACAAGACAUAAUCUUAUCGAAGUGGAUACAAAAAAUAAAAUUGCCAAAUUUGAACUGCUUGAUGAGAACUGCAAACCAAACGGGAAAUUUGAUGAAAUACCCGUGAGUGUAGAUUUUUUUCUUGAGAAACUGCCCUUUCGCACCACUACAGUAUACUAUCGUAACUCUUGCAGCACGUGA